GACGCAAAGAGGUCAUUUCCAGAAAGAGGCAUUAUUCAACAUUCGGAGGGAAACACCAAUGACUGGUUUACUGUUUAUGCCAAAACAAUACAAAUACCACGAGAGAAAUAUCCGUACAAUUUCAAUGAUUACAAGAAUAUGACAAUGUUGAAUCAAGCAGCAGUCGAGGCGCUGUGUUCAGCAACUUACUUGGAAAAUUACCUCGACACGAUGGACAACCUGCCUGACGACCUGCAACGCGUUGUGACUCAAAUGCGUGAAUUGGAUAUCCAGUGUAAGGAUAUUCUUGCCGACAUAGAUGUCCACCAAGAAACAUACAAAACAGAACCUGAAAGUAGCCAGGCUAAACGAAAGGCCAUGAUAGCUAUGCAGAGGGCAUUAAUCAAAUGUCAGGAAAUUGGUGAUGAAAAAUUAAUGUUGCUAGCUUGUAUAACUGAUCAUAUCGAAAACAGAGCAAGACAGCUAGAGCAAGAUAGAGAAAACCUUGACCCUAACUCAGGUAGAGAUCAGGAGAAGGAGGAAAGAGAAGUAAUAGUACACCCACCUAAACAGAUAAAACAACAAGAGGAUAAACCAGAAAAGGUACCAGUCAAGCGUCAAAGAAGACAAAAAACAAAUAAUGAUUCUAUAAUCAGGGAGGAAAUAAGAAUGGAUGAAAAGGAUAAAGGACCAAAAAAGAAAAAGAAGAGGAAGGCAAAGAAAGAACAAACCCCCACAUCCCCCAUCGACCCACCUAUUGACCCUGAUGAACCUACGUACUGUCUCUGUAAUCAAGUUUCUUAUGGGGAAAUGAUAGGAUGUGACAAUGAUCUCUGUGUUAUAGAAUGGUUCCAUUUUAACUGUGUAGGACUUGUGAAUAAACCAAAAGGAAAAUGGUUUUGUCCGAACUGUCGAGGCGAGACGAGUAAAAUGAUGAGAAGAUUUGACAAAUCAUAGUGCAAUAUUUAUUUCCAAAUAUUUUUAUGUUUAAUAAGCCACACCAAACAGUUUAUAUUAAUGGAUUAUCUUAAACUGUGUUAGUUAAGAAAUUUUUUCUGACGAUUGUUUUGUAAAGUUCAAGAUGGCAAAAAGAAUGAGGGUAUAGUUAUUGUAAAGUAAAAAAAGUACUGCAAAAGAAAUGUAUGAUAGAAAAACAUACUGCAAGUCAUCAAAACAGUAUAUUCAAUGUACCGCUUAUUCUACAAAAAUGUUCUAGUACAAAAGGGAUUGUGGGUUGUAAUGGGUGCAAAAAUAAUUAUACAUGUAAGGAGUUCAGUUCCUAAAUUGGACAGAAAUUAUCAAAAAUAAAUUUGUCAAUUUUUGUGUGGCAAAAUAUGCAAUUUCUGAGAAGAAUAUGGGGUACUAUUCUUUAACUUAAUUUUGACCAAGAAAACUGAAUGUGUAAAUUAUUAUUUAUCAAUAGCUUUUUACGAACCUUGCCAAUGAUUUAUUUUAUAUUUUGAAAAGACAUGUAUAUACGUAACUCUUGACUAUAAGGUCAAUGAUAAGAAAUUUUAAGUGGUCAUGUUCACAAAAACUAAUACUAGAGGAAAUUAAUAUUGACAUAGAACAAAAACCACCCCAACUAUAUGGAUCAAUUCAGCAUAUAUAUAUGUAUGUUAUUGUAAACAUCAUGGUUAAUCAACAGUAAUGAUAAUUUGCACAUAAAGCUUUUUUGGCCAUUACUGUAGUAUAAUAAUGAUUAUACAUUUGUAUUGAAUUGAUGAAUUUAAUUUCAUUUAUGAAUUGUAAAUAAAUGUAUAUAGAGUUUAUGUAUAAAGAGUCAAAAACAA